ACAGACCGACCCGCAGCCAGUCCACUCACUGAUGCCUCGAUCCUGCCCAGGAACACAGCAGCUACGCGCCUCAUCUCAGCCUUAACUCGUAAACACUCACAACAUCUGGAGGAGGACCGAAAAAGCCAACGCUGCCCGCAGCUGCAGGUCUUUUUUUUCCCUCUUUCAUUCCUGCGUAACCGGGAGAAAGUGCCGCGUCCUUGAAAUUAACUGUAACUUGGAAGAAAGGCAAAGUGAGAAAGAGAGAGAGUUGGAGGCGAAAUAAAUCUCGCUUCGAGUACUUCAUCACGAACCAGCAUAAAGGAGGUGAAUGGACCUCCACCGCCCCUUCAAGAUGGACAGCCCCUCCUACCUACCGGCUCCACUGGCGUCCCCUGCCCUGAUGGUCCUAGCUUCCACUGCAGAGUCUGGCCGAGACGCCUCUGUCCCCUGCCAAGCGCCGAGGCCCUUCGGCGUCCCCGUCUCUGUGGAGAAGGACCUCCACCUCCCCUUCCCUUCAGCCUCCUACACGUUUACCUCCAUGUAUCAGCGCCAGGGCCCCAUGUCAGGCACCUUUUCGUCCCGAGACUUCCCGGCCUCCCUGCUCCACCUGCACCCACAGUUCACCCCACCAAACCUGGACUGCUCCACCCUGGGCAUGCUCAACCACAGCGGUGUGGGCGCCUUCCGGCCUUUCUCCUCGCCUCAAGAUGAGAGGGAGUCCGGGGGUUACCAGUCUGCUUUCACCCCCGCCAAGAGGCUGAAAAGCUGCUUUCCAGAGGUGGAGGGGAAGGAGUUUGACUUUGGCUCCCUCGGAGGCUCCCUCAAAGCUGGGGAGGAGUCAGGGAGGAAGCUGUUCUCCAUGUCCGGCCUGCUGUCUGAUGGAGAGGCUUCAUCGAGCCCCGAGGAGCGCAAAGAGCACAGCAAAGUCAAAGGUCUGUAUGACGCUCAGACCCCGGCGUGUCCAGUCUGCAAGGCCGUGCUGCGACCCGGAGAGCUGCAGGAGCACAUGGAGCAGGAGUUAGCCAAACUCGCCCAGCUGCAGAUCAGUGCAACUCCGGUCCAGCACGACCACUUCAUAAGGACGCCAAAGUCUCUUUCACUGUCCCUGCACAUCAAGCGAGAGGGAAGUUCCCCCACCUCGCCCCCUCGACCGGCCGAGGAAGCGCACUCUGACCGAUACCAGACGUUUCUCCGCGUCCGGGCCAACAGACACACCAGAUUAAACGUCGAUGACCUCUGCUGGUGCAGGUGCUACGUCAAAUCUGCCCCAUUACGCCCCCACAGCGCAGGAGCCCACCUAGACUGCGCACAAGCUGUCAGGAUCGGAAAGCUGAAGAGGAGAAAACCAGAGGACGCACAGGAGGGGUCGGCAGACUUGUUGGCAUUGGAGGACGACUGGAAUGAGAGGAGAAGGAUACAGAUGGCAUCUAUAGGCUUUAAAGGUGCAAUGUUGGUGAGCACCACCUCUAAGGAGUGUCGAGACAGCGAUGCAGACCUGGACGUAGACGGAGAUGACACUCUGGAGUACGGCAGGGCACAAUACACAGACACAGAUGUGAUUCCCUGUUCGGGAGAAAGCUCCAAAGAGACGGCAGUGAACAGCAACAGCAGCAGCGUGCCGCCUGAAUCCAGAGUAAACUUGGACUUUAAUAAAUGGUCAAAUGAUGGAAGUCCGUCUACAAGCGGUGGAGAGAAACAGGAUGGCAGUGCAGCCGGUCUCACUCAAACCUGCAAAAACGCUGAGAUAGAGAUGCUCUCGGAGGACUCCACGCUGACAACAUUAGAUGCACUUAAGGCUCGGAUACGGGACUUGGAGAAACAGCUGUCUAAAGGAGACAGGUUUAAAUGUCUCAUCUGCAUGGACACCUACACAACACCGCUCACCUCCAUCCAGUGCUGGCAUGUUCACUGUGAGGAGUGUUGGCUUCGAACGCUGGGAGCAAAGAAGUUGUGUCCUCAGUGCAACACCAUCACCUCACCUGGAGACCUGAGGCGAGUUUACCUGUGACUCACUUUCAGGGAUUUCUUCUGUUUUGACCAAUCAGGCUUGGACUUGUUAGGCAGCUGGCCUGUCAUGCAAGCCCACCUUUCCCCUCUCCCAUCCCUCUUCCUUUUCCUCCUUCUCACUCCUUUUCGGUCUUACCAUCGUUGUUCUCCUAACAGCUACUAACUAACUGAGUGCGACCUCUGACCUGUACAAUAUCCGUGUUUCUACUGCAUCGUCCAGCAGAUCAGAAGAAACAUCUAAAACCAUCUGAGAGCUCAGGCACUGAGAAAAAAAAUGCUUCGAGACUAUUUAUCGAUUUUUAAAAAAAAAUCUUUUGUUUCUGUUUUAUGGAAAGAUGAUUGAACUGAAUCGCAAAGCACAUGUACAUAAUGUUGUGUAUGUAUGUUUGCAGUGGUGUGUGUAUAGGAUGUUGACUAGCAGACUGUAUUUACUGUACAGAGUUUGUCUUUGCUUAGAUCACUUAUUCUUUGUUUAGCUCUUGUAGGUUGGAAACAUUUACAGUAAUAAUCACCACAUGGGGACUUGUUUUGUCUUUGUUAUUGGCGUAUUUCUUUGUAUAGGAUCACUCAAAUCUAAUUUUAUCAACAUUACUA